AUGGAGUUACUUGGUUGUAUGGCUGCCUUGAAUCCUAUAGACUCAUUUGCUUCUUUUGAUGCAAAGAAGGUACGUAGACUUGCUGAAUUUUAUCCUAGGGAUAUUUUAAAGGUUGAUUUGAUAAGACUUGAGACACAACUUGUUAACUACAUUGAUGAUAUGAGAAAAGAUGUGAACUUCAAAGGCCUAAAAAAUCUUGUUGAGCUAUCGGUUAAGCUUGUUGAAACAAGGAGGCAUGUUGUUCAUGAUGUGGUCUACUCUCUUCUCAAGUUGGUAUUGCUUCUACCAGUUGCGACGGCAAGUGUUGAAAGAGUGUUUUCUGCGAUGAAUUUAGUGAAGCAUAAGCUGAGGAAUAAGAUGACUGAUAGUCUUUUGGAUGAUUGUCUGGUCACAUUUAUUGAGCGAGAUACUUUCGUCAAGAUAAAUGAUGAUGAUAUAAUUGAGACUUUCAUGUCAAUGAGGAAGCGUUAUCCAGAGAAGAAUAAGAAGAAGUAG